AGAUAGUGAGGCAGCAGGAGAGCGCUCAGACCGGACAGAUCUUCAGAGAAGAGCACCGAGACCAGCCUCCUCCGUUAUUCGGUACAUCUCGUCGGUAUAUGUUCGGAUGGGUUAAUCUAACAGACAACAACCAGCUGAUUAUAAACCGUGACAAUCAACGGCAGAUCUUUGACAUGGAAUGACACGAUUCCUCCCGAGUGGACCUUUAACAUCUUGUGACACUUCGCCGGUUGUUCUGGAACAGUGUAUCCCGUCUGAUGUGCACCUGUUACGGCUGCUCUCUGCCCUGCACACCGCCUCACCACGGAGCGUCACAAACAGCCAGCUACUGAGAUGGCCCGUGCAGAGACCAUGGAGAGCGCCGGGGAGACAGGAGGAGAACCAGGAGACGGCCCCCUGCCUCGCCACAGCUCCUGCCGGAUGGAGCUGCCCCGCCCCUUCUACAACUGGCCCGGCAUGCUCACCACCACCACCAUCACCACUGGCUCUGUGACUGGCCCCGGGGCCUUACACCUCCACCAGAACCACCACCACCUGCACCCUUUGCAGGCCCUCUAUAUGUCAUACCCAGUGCCUUACCCCCACCCAGAGGGCCAGGACCAGCCCCAGACUCACCAGCAGUUACCUUGGUCAUCGUCAUCAUCAUCAACGCCUCCCUCACCUCUCUGCCAUCGGAGGGAAGAGAGGGCCAGUGUCUUCUCAGGAGAGCAGUCAGACUCGCUCAGAGAGGAGCCCCAGGAGGCCUCCAGCAGGCAGGGGCCUCUUCCAGACCUGCUGCCACAGAACGAGCAGCUCUCCUGGGCUUCCCCUCGUCACAGAGCUCCCGGAGGAGAGGCAGUGCAGGAGCAGGUCAUCAGGAGGGUGGCCCACCAGCUGAGGACCAUCGGAGAUGAGAUCAACGCCACAGUCCUCCACAGAGCGGGUGCCGUCCCGCUCUGGCAGGACUGGAGAGACGUCUGCCGAGGAUUCUUCAACUUCGUCACCCAGACUCUCAGCACUCUGUACAGGAUCACAUAGGAGAGUGGUUACCAUGGCGACUUUAUGCAUCCAGGAGUGUGGCUAGGGAAUGGAACAAGUCCGACUGGUUGCUGCACUGUUUUAAUCCCGGAGGAUUUAUGUGACCCGAAAUCAAGACCUUUUUUUUUGGGAAGAAAGGGAGGGAUGUGAGGGCGCCCCCUGUGGCUGAGCUCUGAGUCAGAGUGCUGUGGAGCUGUCUGUCUGUCAGUCUGCUGGAACAGACUGCAGCUGACGGACCGCCUGCCGUUUUCAUUCCUGUAUAUUUUGUAAAAUCCACUGGCUGUCUCUUCCGGGGCUCAUCUCUUCCAUCAGUGUGUGUGUGUGUGUGUGUGUGUGCACAUGGUAAAGGUCAUUGGUUCCAACGAAUAGGUUAAACUACAGAUAUUUCAAAUCUGGCCUUUUUUUUUAUACCCCAGAUGAGUUUAUAGGUCAGCUGUUUUGGAAGUGAAGUUCUUCAUGGGUCACUGGAGCGUUUUCAUUUAGCUUUAAUAUCAGUGACCAUUUACUGGAGGAUGUGUUCUUAUUUCCAAAAUGGAUGAAAUCCCUCCAAUUUGUUCCCUUUGUUUACGUACAAAGAUACAGAACUGACCUGUGUCUGACGUGAGUGUUACUGUCUUUAUUUUGUAUUAUUAUAAACUGUGAAACUGGACGCUGAGUUUGCAUCGCAGGGACAAAUGUUGGAUGUUAUUCCACAGAGUGAAGCUCUCUCCCAAUCAGAGACCUCUUCCUCUCAAUACACCACGUGCCUUCUGCUCAGUGACUCCUGCAACCAGUCUCUGAAAACCAGGACAAUCUGACACACACACACACACACACACACACACACACACACACACACACACACACACACACACACACACACACACACACACACACACACACACACACACACAGCGGUUUAAGUUAGCAAGUGUCAUUUGCAUCACAUUUAAAUGCUAAGGCCUCAGCACGGUUUGAGGUCAUUUAAGGACAGACACACGUUCCUCUGUUCAUCCUGCCGGUGUUAGAGCAAAGUGUUUAAAGAUGCAAUCUGUAAAUAUUCUUUUGGAAGGUUCAUCUGUUUUUUAUGGACUUUGAAAGUGCUUAUGAAAGCGAGAGAGUUCACAGUUAUGUUUGUAUUUCUGAGCGGCCGUUAGCAUCAGCAGAGCGAAAUUAAAUCCAGUGGAUUUGAAAUGGUAUUCCAAGAUUUAAAGAAAAAUAUAUGAUUUGGACCUUUUGAUUGUUAAAAAGUAUUUGAUGAUGUUUUGUAAAACGACCCCUUCAGUUACGCGAUUACGUUCCAUGUACUUUGGGAGAAGAUGUUUAUUGCUCAUAUGAAGAGCAUCAUUUAUUUGUGGAUGUAGCCUCUAUCUGUAGCGUGUUUUCUUUUGUUUGAUUGUUUUUUACGCAAUGCAUUAUUUAUUUAUUUUCUUACAUUCCUGAUCAAAACUAUGAUUUAAGCUGUAUUUGAGUUGUAACUGUUAAAACACAGAUUGAGAGCUAAAGCUGUUAAAAACACCCAAAGUAGAUCAUUUUGGAAAAGCAGAAGAAAUGAAUCAUUUAGAAUGUUGUCAGCUUUAUGAAUUGGUACCUUUGCUUGCCACAAAAAGUAAACGGCUCAUUCAAAUAAAACGCUAUUCUGUUUUUAAGCAAUGGUCCUAUUAUUAUUAUUAUUAUUAUUAUUAUUAGCAAUACGUUUGGCGGUAAAGCACAAAGGGUUUAUUACUGGAUGGCACAUGUUUCUCCAGACUUCCCAUGUGUAUAUCAGAGGAAAUGGAAAGCACCAGAAAUCUUCCUCUAUACAAUCAAAAGCACUGAAAGAAACAAAUCAAACUGUUAGCAAUACUUUACAAGAUUCAAGAUUGAAAGGUUUAUGACAUGUACAAAACUACAGUGUAAUUAUAGUGUAUGAAAUACUGAGAUCGCAGGUGCAAUUUACUCUGACUGAACUGAAAACCACUGAAAUUCACCCGGGUAUUUCUGAUGUAAAUGUAAUUCAAAAACUGUGUGCUAAUGGUGCUAGACUGAAAAAACUGAAACGACUUUAAAUAAAUGUAUUAGUUCAACAGAUUUAACAUAACUGUAUAGGGUUAGUUGACCUUAAUAUUAUUGCUUUCAACUAUCCUAAUACAGUUAUGUUAAAUCUGUUGACAUUAUACAUUUAAUUAAGGUCAGCGUUUCACUUUUGUCAGUGUACACAUGCUAGAUUGUACAUGUAAUUACCUCUAACAUACAUUGGAUUAAAGUGCCCGUUUAGUUGAGGAUUUCAACUUUUAUUGGAUUAGACUGAAACAUGGACCUUUGGAUUGCUUUAGAUUCAAGAUCCAAAGUUUUACUGUCAUAUAUAAACACCACUACGGUGUAGUUAUGUAAUGUAUGAAAAACGCAGGUUCCUCAACAGUGCAAUCGACAAGACAUUAGAGAACUUUAAAAGAUUGAACGAGGAAGUGAUUGUCUGUUUCACUGUGCAGCUCUCACCUGGCCUUAGCUUCACUGUUUUGUAUAUUUGUUGCAGAAGAACCUUGUUUUGUUCAUUUCUGAAAGCCUUGAUGUAUUGUUCCUGAUGGACCGGCUGGUUCUGCAGAGGACCAGCUGUUUGAUGCCUGUGUUCAUGUUCUUGGUUCUGUUAUCUGGCAGUGUUUCCUCUUCACUGCGUCAUGUGCUGCAGUCCUGAUGCUGCCCCCCCCCCCCCAGCGGCGCUCAGUGUCACUCACAUGCAGUGUGUUUUUGCUGUUUUUAAACCUUUUGCUAUUGUAAACUUUCUACAUGAUUUUGUACUUUGUUUCUUUUUCAUACAAUAAAGAUAAGGAUAAAUAUA